AUGUCUUCUCCUUUCAAGAACAUCCUCAUUGUCGGAGCCACUGGCUCAAUUGGCUCCAUCAUGUUAGACGCCCUAGUCAAAGAGCCUUCCUUUACUGUCUCCGCCCUCCAACGCUCAUCGUCAAAGGGCAAACUCCCAUUAAACGUGCGAGCCAUUACAAUUGAUGAUUCAUACCCAACCGAAGCUCUCAUCUCCGCUUUCACUGGUCAAGACGCAAUUAUCAACUGUAUGACUUCUUUAGCUGUCGCUGAUCAACUUCGCUUCGUUGAUGCUGCUGUCGCUGCUAAAGUGAAGCGCUAUGUUGCUUCUGAGUACGGUCUCAACAACAACAAACCUGAGGCAAGAGCCUUGAACUCAGUCUUUCGCGAGAAGGGUGAAGUGCAAGAUUACCUUCGCUCCAAGGAAUCCACUGGUCUAGAGUGGAUGGCCAUCGCUUGCGGAAUGUGGAUCAAGUGGAGUGCCCUACACGACUUUCUGGGCAUGCACAUUAAGGAGAAGAAGUUUGUCAAAUGGGAUGAUGGAGAAGGCUGGUUCAGCAGUACUACCGAAGCCAACACAGUUCUUGCAAUGGUCAAUGCCCUGACUAAGAAAUGGGAAGAGACUAAGAACAGAAUCGUUUGGUUGAGUGACUUUGCUAUCACUCAGAACAUGCUUCUUGGAGCCAUCGAGCGUGUCAGCGGGGAGAAAUUCACUGUUGAGAAGGUUGACAGUGAGAAGCUUAUCAAGGAGAAGCAGGCUGCUGUUGCUGCUGGGGAUCAUUACGCUAUUUAUGCCUUGAUUGAGACGGGAUUUGUGAUGGGUAGAUUUGGAGGACAUCUCGAGAAGGAGGGAGAGAUCAUGAAUGACUUGCUGGGUCUGCCGAGGCAGGACUUUGAGGAGGUUGUGCGUGUUGCUUUGAAGGCUGUUGAAGAGUCAUGA